AUGGAUCAGACAGUAGAUUUUGAAGAGAUCAAGAGGCUUAUUAAUGCCAAUAAUGUCGAAGGUCUUGAGACAGUGCUUUCUAAUGUACAGGGCAUGAGUGCAGCUGAUCUUAAGAAGUUAAUUGGAUUGACAGAGUCUAAGAAGAUACAGCAAUUGAUGGAAAGCAAGUAUGCUGAGAGUCGAGGGGAUAGUGCUAAGACACGCACUGAAGGUGGUGCUGAAUCUGUAGAAGAUCCUUCGUUGGCUCUCAAGGAGGUGAACACAGGGGAUAUUCAAAAGGAUAGGUCUAUUAAACUGUUUUUCGAUGCAUUUAGAGCAAAUAUUCCCGAGUGCAGUAGUAAGACUGCUGCAUUGCUUUCAAAGCAAAUAACAACUGAAAUAUUUAAGAAGGAGGCGGGGGAAAUAGCAAAGCUGGUAAGAAGCAAGUGUUUGAAUCUCAAGGACAAGAACAAUCCAACGCUUUGCAGGAGGGUGUAUGAAGGAGAGAUUCUACCUGCAAGGUAUGUGGAGAUGAGCGCUGACGAAAUGAAAAGUGAGAAUCUACGCAGUGAAGAGGAGAAGAUGAUGGAAGAUAGCCUUUAUGAAUGCCAGAUUCCAACACAGAAGGCAGAAACGGAUCUUUUCAAGUGCAGUAGAUGUGGAGAGAGAAAGUGUUCGUAUAGACAGUUGCAGACAAGAUCUGGAGAUGAGCCCAUGACCACGUUUGUGACAUGUGAGUGUGGAAACAAGUGGAGGUUCUGUUGA